UGCUUUUUUUUUUUUCACCUCGUCACUGGUGGCACACUGGCACCGCAGAGGGAAACUCUCUUCGUACCCUCACUCCCCUUCCUCUCCAUCUCCUCCCUCGCUUGCACCUACUGCUCCGUCCACCCAUGCAGCCAGUUCUGCCGCCUGCAGGGACUCAGCCGGACCAGGAGCUGCACCGGGGAACAAGAGCUGAAGCACAAAGGAGCAGAGCGGUCUCUUCACGCCUGCCAGCAGCUUGAUGGGACACGGCACCAUCUCCUGAUGGACUUGACAUCAAGAGAUUCUGGAUUUUGUUGGUGCUUGGUACCUUGUCUUCACACAUGAUCUCUUUGGAAGUGAAAGAGACAUAAUUUAGCCCAUCAUGCUUCUGCAGUCAGGAGCAUUUCUCACCUUGUGUCUGUUUACUCUCCAGGCAAGUCAAAUCAAAGAACUUCAUGACGUAAACUUUUCUGGGCUCAGGGACGUAAAGUACCGGCACUUCCUGGAAGCUUCUCGACCCAUCAGGCACGCCCCAAACGUCCGGGCCGAGCAGGAUGGACAGCGGGGGAAGAGGUCCACAGCCCACGCUACAGGGGUCAAAGUGUGUCCCCAGGAGACGAUGAAAACCGUCCUGGGAAGCCACCGGGCCUAUUAUAAACUCAGAGUUUGUCAGGAAGCAAUCUGGGAAGCGUUCAGGAUCUUCUUGGACAGAGUCCCGAGCCCAGAGGAGUACAGAGCCUGGGUGACCACCUGCCAGCAUGAAAACCUUUGCAUGGACGAGCUGGCCCACAAUUUCAGCAGCUCUCAGGAGCAUCUGGACAUGGUGGCCAGAAGAGUAGCAGAGCAGGCUGAAAGCGAAGGGUUUGUUGCUGCUACUGAACAGCAGCACCGUGAAUGCUCAUGGACCCCUCCUCCGAUUCUGCUUCCAGUGGAAACAGAUGAGGAUAAAGAGCCCGACCUUCUUAAGGAGAACUCUGAGGAAUACAUAGUUGAGUUCAGCGUCACCAUCUCAGACCCGACAUACAGUGAACUGCUUAGCAACCCCGAGGCUCCGCAGCACGACAGCAUCACCAGAGAGCUCAGAGACAAGAUGGUUCAUGUGUUUGAAAAAGUUCCAGGAUUCAAAGAAAUACGUCUUCUUGGAUUUCGAUCGGAGGAUUUAUCUGUGCGCUGCGCUGUGGUCUUUAAUGGAGAAACGGAGCUAAAUGACGACUUGGACGGUUUGGAGGAGGAGCCUGGCAAAGACACAACCGCUCCUAAACUGAAACACAUCGUCGUAAAGGCCUUGAAGCAGGAGCCCACGCUGCUGCUGGACAUACAGACGCUCAGCUUUGAGGCUGUGACCACAAUUUAUCCAGCUGCCGCGCACGCCGUGGACUCCGUUGACACAGACGCAUCAGCGGAGUUUGCACAGGAAUCGGAGGAUGCCAGGGACCCCACCCAAAGUUCAUCUCCCACUGUGGGAGUGUCAGAAAAGGAGCUGGAAGAUUCUGCUCCAGUUACACCAAAAACAGCCACCUUUGUGCCUUUCAUCCCCACCGUCCUCCCAAAGAGCAGUUCUAGCUUUACUGUGAGGACUCCUGCAACGGGAGCUGCAGGAGAAAAGCCCACAGAAGAGAUAAAAGAGGAAGAGGAGCCACCACCGAGCGAUGGCGAUGAUGAAGAUCCUGCGGGGAACGCGGACAGCGCCGAGUCUGAAGGAGGUCAAACCGAAGCCCCCCCUGAGGUCAACGGCGACCCGCCACAGCCUGCAGCUCCCACCGACCAGGACACACGUCCCUCUGGUCCAGCUCACCCCGCUCCCACCCCGUCAUCUGGCAGGGAACCUGAGCCGGACGUGGAGCCUUUACCGUCCCCCGUGGACGGAGGAGAGGCCCGUGAGGUCAGAUACGACGGUGGAGGGACCCCGGCCACCGUCACGCUUCCUGGAGACGAUUCCAACCCCAAGCUGGAGGCAGGAGUGACGGACCCAGAGGAGGAGGAGGAGAGCGGUAGUGGGUUUGCCUCAGAGGCUGAUGAAGGGCCGUACGGAUCUACGGCGGCGCCUGCCGUGAGACAAGCCAGCACGCCUCUGAUGGCAGCCGUGGAGAAGAGCAAAGAGUUGGUGGUUUUCUUUAGCUUGAGGGUGACUAACAUGAUGUUUACUGAUGACCUGUUCAACAAGAGCUCCCCAGAGUAUAAAUCCCUGGAGAAUACCUUUCUUGAACUGACACAGCACUUUGGGUCCAGCAACCAGCCAAACCCUGGAGCUUCCAGUAAAUCUGGGCUUGGGAGACAGACGACUUUAGCCUCCAUACCGCUUUUGCCGUAUUUACAGUCCAAUUUGACUGGAUUUAAGCAGCUGGAGAUCCUCAACUUCAGGAAUGGGAGUGUGGUAGUAAACAGCAGGAUGAAACUGGACAGGCCAGUCCCUUACAACGUCACAGAAGCUGUGCACUGUGUGCUGGAGGACCUCUGCAGUGCAGCUUCUAAUCGACUUGACAUUGAGAUUGACAGUCGCUCUUUGGAGGUCGAACCAGCUGACCAAGCAGAUCCCUGUAAGUUCCUGGCCUGCAACGAGUUUUCCCACUGCGUGGUAAACAGCUGGAGCAGCGAGGCCGAGUGUCUGUGUGACCCCGGCUACAGCACCGUGGACGGACUGCCCUGUCAGAGCGCCUGCUCUCUGCAGCCAGACUACUGCAUGAACGGAGGCCAGUGUGAGAUAAUCCCAGGUCACGGCGUCACCUGCAGAUGCCCUGCAGGUAAAUACUGGCACUACCACGGAGAACGCUGCAGCGAGCUGGUGUCGCUGCCUCUGGACCCUUCUCUGAUCAUAACCUGCCUCGCGGGGAGUCUCUGCCUUGUUUGCGCUGUCAUCGGCGUGUUAAUAUUCAUCAACAAGAAGUGUAUAAAAAGCAGAAAGACCGUGGCGCUGGUGCACACCCAUGCACCCUAUGCCUUUGAGAACACUUUGAGGGAGAACCCAGUGUUUGAGAAUGAUGACGGUGUCUUAACUCAUGUUUCCACUCUACCGUGCCCCUCGAGCUCUGCCUCUUCGCACUCCCAACAGUCUGAGCAGGAACAUUUUGCCUCAAUUGAAAAUAUACAUCUGAGUAUUGAGAUCCCCAGACGACUCUACACAACAAGAUCAGAAAAGUUAGUUUCAGACAUGGUGGGUUUCCACCACAAUUUGCCGCGUAGUGAGCUGUUUGACGCCUGCAAAGACAUGGCGGCUGCCAAGUGAAUACAGAACGUGUUGUCUGCUGAGGGCGUCGGACAGCGAGUGUUUGGAAGUCACCGUCCUCUGAUCACACCUUCAUCUGCUGCAAAGCAUGAGGAGAGCGGAGGAAACGCGACUGUUUGGCUGUGUUUCUGAACUUCAUAGUGGUUUAAGUCUCUUAUUAGACAGAGUUCUGAGGAGGACGCUGCGUUGGAGGGGAACCCAAUAUUUAUUACAUGACAUAAAUGGUAGGAACAUUUCCUGUGCACCCAUGGCAAAGGUUGCCCUUUCCUCACAAUGAGGUAUUUAUUAUUUACAGACGGAGACACAUGGCUGUUUCUGAUCGUAUGUUUAGACAAAGUAAUAUAUUUUGUUUUGUUGCCAUUUUUUUUGUCCCAAAAAGAUAAAAAAAAGAGAAUGUACUGUAUAAGCUACUGACUUGCCUGCUGCGCUGUCUCUCCAUCAGUGUCUCCCAUUCGCAACCUUGUUGUUAAUCAAGAUUUGGACAUAUUUUUAUACAUUUUUCAUGUAAAGCAAAUAAAAUAAAAGGUUUUUAAAGUAAAGU